GCAUACGAUCAGCCGCCAAGCCAUGGGCCCACUUGGCUCUGGCGCGGGAAGAAGACCGAUCACUCCCGCCGCCCAAGAGAUUUUGAGCUGCAGCCAGAAGAAAGGGUGACGGAACCACUGCCUACCUCCUCUUGGGUCAGCCUCAUCCACAUCCCGUACGAACAGCAAUACUCUUCUAGCUAAGAAGCAGAAGCAGACGAGGCAACAUGGUCAGAAGCUACCCCAACAUCGUCAUCACUGGCACUCCAGGUACCGGCAAGACGUCCCAUGCAGCCCUUCUCGCCUCCUCAUGGCCUGCCUCCUCCUCUUCCUCAGCUCAAGUCCUCCGUCAUAUCAACGUGGGGGACCUGUGCAAGCAAAAGUCAUUCACAAUCUCUUAUGACGAGUCAUGGCAAUCGUACGAGGUUGACGAGGACAAGUUGCUCGACUACCUGGAACCUUUGACAGGGACAAGAGCGCCGGAGCCAGAGGACGAGGAGGAGACCAAGGAGGCAAAGGAGACGCAGGACACAGAAGAGCGGGGUGGUCUGAUUCUGGACUGGCAUACAUGCGACGUCUGGCCCGAGAGAUGGGUGGACUUGGUAGUAGUGCUGAGUUGUGACCAUCAGAAGCUGUGGCAGAGGCUCGAGAAAAGAGGCUAUCCACUACAGAAGAUUCAGGAGAACAAUGAUGCAGAGAUCAUGCAGGUCGUGCUCGAUGAAGCCCGGGAGUCUUACCCCGCAGAGGCCAUCGUGGAGCUCACCUCAGAGGAGGCGAGCGAUGUGGAAGAGAACGUCGAGCGGAUCAAGAGCUGGAUUGAUCAGUGGCGGAAGGCUAGAGGCUUGGCAGAUGAGGCUGCUCAAUGAGUGGAGACUCAGCUGGAUGCAAAGUGUGAGGGAAUGCAAACACAAUAUCAAGAGGCGUACACGAGGCCAUGUCUGGGAGUGCAAUCGUCAGAGAGCCGGCAACGAAGGGUCAGGAAGUCUGACGCUCCCCUUGAUCCUAGUCUCACGAAACCAAUCAACGUUCACGCCUCUCAUCCAGUAUGCAAGGUCUUUAAAGCGAAGCGUCUCACCUAU